AGUUAACAUAAUUUUAAUGAACAUUUUACACUACAAUGGAAAUUAUUGCAUCACAAAACCAAGUAGCCAUUGCGAGGGUACCCAAGAGUUUACCAGUCUAAUUGCCACAGACUGCCCUGCUGUCCAGUCUUAAAUCAGCUGUUGGUUCCAACAAUUUUUGUAAAAAAAUGUUUACGGUUACAAUGAUUUGAUUUUGAUUGUCUUUAUUCAUAACCGUUGGUUACACAGUUAUACGGUAAUUGUGCCAGCCCUAAUUGUUGCACUCAAUUAAGCUCUAAAUGAAAUGUUGCAUGAAUAGUAUUUACAGCGUUCAUACGGUCAAGAAAAUCAUUGUUUUCCAGACCUGGAAAAGUAAUGGAGGAUGCUCAAUCAUAGUGUCGAGGUGCAACUUAAAAAUGUUAGAAGUCAUUGGAAAGGAAAAGGCGCAACUCUCUCUACAUUAAAAAUGUGUUUUAUUAAGCCAGUUUAAAAGAUUGAUGUUUCGGCCUUCAAUACCCUUCAGAAUAAUUUCAUUAAAGGACACCUGUGCUUCACUAUGGAACUUGAUGAGGGAGGACUAGACUUCCUGGAUGUAUGCAUCACUAAAACAGGUACCUUCCUCUCAUCUGAUCUAUUCAGAAAGAACACUGACAGAAACAAUUUCCUCCACACUCAGAACUGAUGUUCCUAGAGCACAACUACUGAGUAAGCCCACAAGCCCUAGAGAUAAGACAUUCCAUCCAACUGGUCACUACCUACACUCUAUAAAGUCCAGAACUACUAGGCAUCACAAAAAAACAUUGGCAUAUUUUACACUCAAAUUCAGCACUAGCUAGUUCAUUUCAACAGCCUCCUGCGGCCGCUUACCAUAGAGCUAAAGACAAAGCUGGCUGAUCCGCCGCCAGCCAAAGCGCAAACAAGACCAGUCUCCUCGUUAUUCCCCCUGCUAACUACAUGUGGCAAUUGUAUGCAAUGCCAGUACACCAAACGUAUAAAAGUUUCUUGCACCCCAGAUUGGGUCGAGACAUAAAAAUCAAAAGUACCAUCAAUUUCAAUUCUCGCAAUGUGAUCUAUGCGAUUCGUUGCCCAUGUGAGCAAUCGAAGUGUCGGCCAUUCGAUGUGCUGACCCCAACAGCCCAGUGGCCCUCCAUUUCAAAGACCGAGGACACUUGCUUUGUGAGUUAUUUUAUUUUGGAAAGUCACAGACGUUCUGGAUCCAUUUCUUAGAUAUUUUAGUUCCCAGAGGUUUUAACCUAGAGAGGACUAUAGUAUGCUUUUGUGAAGGGCCCCAUCUAUUUGUUGUUCCAGUGCCACACAUGGAGGAAGCUUAGUCGUGCACUAACUAAACCAGUUAGACCUAUUUGCCUAAUCUUUUGAUAUUUGUUGCUAUAUCUAGUUUUGCUUAGCACUGUUUAUUUUUUUCAAUACCCAACAUAUUCAAUAUGUAUUAUAUAGUAAUGGUUGUAUAUCAAUUACACCUUCUGUAUUUGAAAAAAGCUUGCCCAGUUUUCAAAUGGCUUUUUACUGGUUCCACUUCAGUAUUUCAUCACUAGGUGGAGACAUUGACCAUAGUACACCACACCCUGAGUACCAACGUGUAUGGUCUACCCACACCGUCUCUCAGCACCACCAGCUGAAGAGUUUUCUCCCUAAUUGUCUUCCGCAUGCCCAUUCCCUCUAUGAUUAUUCUGAAGGCCGAAACGUCAAUGUUUUUAAACUUGCUUAAUAAAACUAAGAAUGUUAAAUGGUGAGCGAACAUUGUGUCUUUUCCAAUGAUAAUUUAUGUUAAUGCAAUUUAUUGAGACAGUUAUUUAUUUUGAUCAAAUAAUCAGCAUAUCAUCCAGGAUCGGUAUUACACUUAGUGUUUGCAAGCAUCACCUGCGUGUGUGCGAGAUGAGUGGGCCGUCGCUCAAGGAGAGAGAGACAGUGGGACAUUGCAGUGGCAGGAUACAUGUUAACACUGCAGCAUCAAGAUGUCGUACAUGCUGCCGCAUCUCCACAACGGCUGGCAGGUCGACCAAGCCAUUCUAUCCGAGGAGGAUAGAGCCCUGGUCAUUAGGUUUGGACACGAUUGGGACCCAACAUGUAUGAAAAUGAACGAGGUGUUGUACAGCGUAGCUGAAAAGGUGAAAAACUUUGCAGUCAUAUAUUUGGUGGACAUCACAGCGGUGCCGGACUUCAACAAGAUGUACGAGUUGUAUGAUCCUUGCACCGUCAUGUUCUUCUUCAGGAACAAGCACAUCAUGAUAGAUCUGGGGACUGGUAACAACAACAAGAUCAACUGGACCAUGGAGGACAAGCAGGAGAUGAUUGACAUUUUUGAGACCGUUUACCGAGGGGCGAGAAAAGGACGAGGUCUGGUUGUAUCUCCUAAGGACUACUCCACAAAAUACAGAUACUGAUUGGUUCUUCCCUUUCCAUUGCUUUGUGUGAAGCCCAAUGGGAGCAAAUCUGUCCUUUCAUUAUGAGACUUUCUAGACAGCUGGACUACAAAAAGGCUCAGAUCGAGGUGUCCUGCUCUCUUUUAUGUUAUAGCCAAGUCAUCUUUUUUCAACAGCAGUUAUAAAAACCAUUUGGUGUCUUUGAUUUAAUAAAUGUUAUGCUCAUAUUUUAUAUUGCCAUUUAGUUAUCACUUCACAGCCUGUAUUCUUGGACCCAGAUUGAUUAUUAAGUCAAGGACUAGCUUCUUUCUCAAUAAGGAAUCUCCAUUGAAAGUGUGUUUUUAGUGUAGGACUAGGCUUAAUCUGGGUCUGGAAAAUUGGCCCAUAUGUUUAAUCUGUAUGUAUAUGUGACUUGUUUCUUCUGAAAUGCUAUGGGUAGUGCUGCGAUGACAGGAAGAUCGAGGAAAGACUUGGAAUUCUUUUGUAUUAUAGUUUUUUCUAUGUAUUGUGUUUACAUUGUAAAAUCCCCCACAAAUGACAUCCCGUUAAAUGAGAAAGCAUAUGCCAUAGGCUGUUACAUAACAAUAGAUCAGUAAUAACCUGCCUAUGUGUGGCCUUUUGUCAUGCCACAUCUGUCUUUAGUGGAACCUCAGAAAUCAAGUGAAGUUAGCUGAUCUGAUAUGUGUUAACCUGAUGGCUUGGUCACUUAGGAGUCUGCUGCUCAUCCAUACCAGCCUGGGUCAUGAGGUCGGCAACAUUCUUCUCCAGGUCAUCAAUUCGAGUCCCCAUGUCAUCCAGUGGGUUGGUUAAGGGCAGUCUUGAAAUAUAUGUAGUUAUACACUGUGUCUAGGUUGUACAUUAAACAUUUAUUUAUAGAGCAAA